UUCCUUAUUAUUAUUAUAACUCAUAACAUUAUAUUUUUAUUUAAAAAAAAAAUAAUACUAAUUAUUAAACUAUAGGUAAAAACAACAAAUUCAGAUAAACAUAUUGUCACCUAGUUAUUUCGUAAUGAGUAAUUUACAAGUAUCUACUAUUGAUUUACUCAAUAUUUCAUUAGAAUAUUAUACAGUGUCAAACUGGCUCAAAAAGACUUACCGUGCAUUUUAGUUUAAAAAAAUCUCAUUUUAAAUAACAACAUAGAUAAGGUCCAUACUAUCAAGGCCUAUCUUGGAAUUGCAAGUCUAAACCAUAGGACAGACUUCCCAUGUUAUUACGCAGUAUUAAUAAAAUUAGUUUUAAUUUACAGAGCAUAUUACCCAAAGAUUAAAAUUAUCAUGUUGAUAAAACUAAUUUUUUAGAAAAUGGACAGUUUAAUUUUAGAUUUGAAGUAUAUAAAUUUAAGUAUUAUGAUACUUCAUCAUGGAUAUUAAAAUUGAAUCAAAAAAGUAAAACAAUUUGUAAUAGUUGCCAAAUGUAUAAAAAUCUGAAUUACCAAGUGUUCUGUUUAAGGUAACAUUAUUAUGUCACUUAGUACCUACUUCUUAUUUAUUAAGUAACUUUCAUUUGUUUCUAUUUUUAACUCUUUAUUUUCAUUCAGUAAUUUUGAGUCAUGUACCUACGUUAUUUUUAUUUAAAAUUUAUAAAGGCUAAAGCUAAUUAAAUAGCAAUAUUUGUAUAACUUUUUUAGAAAAAGUAUUAUUGUCAUCAUAAUUCCGAAUGAUUCGUCAACAAAUAUUGAAUAAAACUAAAAUCAAUAAUACUAUUUAUUUACAUUUAUUAUUAUUAUUGUUAAUUUUUUUUUGUAUCAUUGCAGUCUCUGCAGAUGCAUUGCACAUCUGUAAAGAUUCAAUAUAUAUAUGUUAGGAUGUCUAAUUCUUACAAUAUGUGCAAAACUUCGAGAUGGCAAUUCAUAGUUUCCUUUCGCUGCGCUUUUCUUACUACCUACAUUUAACUUUCUCUGCAUUUAUUAAAUUUGUAUUGCCUUCGUGACUGUGAGCUCCGAAUUUCAAAACCGUCGUUAUUUCAUCAAUUGUAAGUGUAAUGUUACACAAUCUUUUGUGAACACCCACCCACCGGAUUCCUGAUAGCACUUUAUUUUGUUCGUAGUACAAAAAAUUGUUAUUUAUUAAUUUUUUAUUUUUAAUUCCGUGUUGUAACUAAAUAGUUCAUAUUAUUGAAACUUAGCUACGCCCCAUAGGUAACACGUAGGUACAAAAUAUUACCGUGUAUAGUGUGUGGAAAUAGUAAGAAUGAAUAAUUGUAUUGAAUCAAUUUGUAUACCUACCAUCUGUUGGAAUACCCCGGCAUUUAAUAUAUUAUUAUAAAUUUGGAAUCACAUACCUGACUCUGUUUAUCAAGUACAAUCAUAUUAAAUAGGUAUUUAUCACCUAUCAUUUUUAUAACAUAAAAAGAGUACUGUUCUACGAAAAGGUCAUCUUAAUAUAUUACACCCAUAAAAAAAAAAUAAAAAAUACUAUAUACGUUUGAUUGUAGUAGCUAAUAUAAAAACGAUAGGUACUGUAACCAAACGUAAUAAUUUUUUUUUUUAUGGGUAUAAAUGUGUAGUGCUAUAAACAAAAUACUACGAGAACCAAAUGUCUUAUCUUAAAAAUUUCCGAGGAGAAACGUCCAUAAACUCAAUUUUUCGACGGGGAUAAAACAGUCUGAAAUCAUUAUGUAGGUAGGUAUAUAAUUAUCGAUUAUCAUGCAAUUUGAAUGUUUUUCUCCAUAUAAUGAAUAAUGAUUAUAAAGCACUAAUUAAGUCUAACUAACUAGCUUAAUUCACACCUACUAAACAAAAGUAAAACGAGUUAUGAACUAUUGAUUAAUUUUUGAUCAAGUUUACAACUUUAUUGAUAAAACUCCUUAGAUUAUAAAAAUGUUCGUUUUCCUGUGAUAAACUCUCACGGGCCAUGGCUUGUCCAUUCUUAUAUUAUUGUCGAGGUAUGAGUACAAUAAAAACUAUUAAUUAAUUAUUAUUUUCGUAAAUUAAUUUUUAAUUGAUUUUUGCAUCCGUUGCAGUUGAAUAGUAAAACGCUUAUCUUUUCGGUGGGGCGUUGUCGCGGUUUAGGAUAAACUAUCUUAAACCGUGGGCGUUGUUCGAUGCGUCGGGUUAUCAACCACCAUAGGUAAUUUAUGAUAUCUACGGACACCAAAAUUGAAAUGUGCGAUUGUAUUACACUACUACACAUGUGUACUCAGCUGUUCGGGUGCUGUUGUAGUGUUGUGUGAAUAUUUGAUACUGUGUGCAUAUAAUAUUUUCCAAUAUUAAAAUAUACGUUUUGUGACUGGUUGUCCUGUAGUCACCAUACAAAUACUACAGAAGCAAUAUAACUUGACGUGUGGUGUGUUUCUUGUUUGGUAGGUUCACCGUAGUCGUUUCGAGUUUUUAUAACAUCGGCCGAUGUACAGUGAAACCGAAAUUCAGAAGUGCCGAGACGUCGUAAGUUUUAGUUUUGCUUGAAUUGUAUGUAUAUUUCAGAGUGAAACGUUAAUUUAUAAAUCUAGGUAUUUUACUCCAGUUAUUCGUUUUAACUUUGCAGAACACAUGUUCAGCAUCUAUGAGAACAACAUGGCCAAUCCUACUGCGUCUACGUCUAUAAACGCAGAGACCUUGUUACUCGAUAUAGAUAAAAUGACACCCGAAAAAUGGCGUGCGUUGAUAUACAAUAAGAUAGUCAAACUAAAAGACGUAACUAUAACUCUAAAUAUUUGAAUAUAGUAUAAUAUUUUCUAAUACUAAAUCCUGUAACAGACAUUCGUCACCGAUUUUAAGACUACAAUUAUCAAAUCUAUUGAAGAAACUAUGACAAAUGCUAAACCUGAUAAGACGUUAGAAAGUAUUCUGAAAGGUCUUCAAAUGAAAAUCAAGGAGUAAGUUCUAUUGUUUUUAUUUGAUUUUUGUCUAUGCUUUACUUAUCAAUUUGCUUUCUACAUUAUACAUUUAGUUACGUUAAAUCAAGCCUCUCACUUUUAAAUUUCAUUUAAACUAUGACCUAAUUUUUUAUUUUUCAAAGUUUUAUUUUGUUAAUAGUGUUUAUAUAUCUUUGGUCUCAACAAAGAAUGGGUUUAGUCAAUUUUGUAUAGUUUUCAAUACAAGCGAUUUAGAAAAUUUAAAAAUAAAUGGCAAAUAUUGACUUGAGCCCAUUCUCUCUAGGACCAGAUUAUUAUAGUGAUAUUAUACCGUGUAUACACGUGCGAGCUGAACCUACCUCAAAGGAUUCGUGUCAUUUUCGUUAAUGCCACGUACACACUUGCGAUCCGCUCACUAACCAAUACCAACACCCAUGCUUCAGUAGCGUUAGCACAUAUCUUCCAAGGGUUAUGCGAUGUUGAUAAUGAGUAGUGAGACUAUGUUAAUGGCUUGUUUAGAAGAAAAGACAAGAAUAAGGCAAAAACAAUGAUGUUGGUGGCAGACUGAGUUGUAUGAGUGGUUUGAUCACUGUGUUUAGGGUCCCAUAAUAAAGGUUUACUAUUGUAAAUAUCUAGGGGGGUACUUUAGGUCAUUUUUCAAUUUUCCUAAUAUUUUUCCCAGCAAAUGUAAUCAAACCGGGAAUAAUUUUAAAAAAUGGGAUAAUCGGUACAAUAUUAAACAAAUAUUAAAGAAAUUAUGAAAUGCUCAUUUAAUUAUUUUACCAUAAUAUGGCAUAUAUAUUGUUGACAAAGCAUCACUAUCGACUGAACUUCGCUAAAAAUUGAUUUUUCGUUACCAAUGGGUUAUCAUUGCUUACAGAUAUACAUUCGAUUUGCCCUCUACUCUUCUUCUUUUGGGGUUAAUUCGGCCGCUAGGACCAUCCCGUCUCACAACCAAUUCUCCAGCCAUCUCUAUUCAUCGCCAAAUCCUUCCAGUUUGCUCCGCCUCUUAAGUUUGCAUCUAAAUCUACAUUUCUCUUAACUAUAUCUUCUUAUCUCAAUUUUAGUCUUCCCAAGGGCCUUUUUCCUACCAUUCCAGCACUAUUCUUAGUAGAAAGUUCUAGCUCUGCAUUGCAUGUCCUGUCCAUCACAACUUUUUUUUCUUGAUCAUAUCUGCUAUGUUAUUUUCAUUAACCGAAUGACCGAACAAGACCGAAGAUCUUCCGUAAUAUUUUCCUUUCUAGUAUCAAGAACUUAUUUUCAUCUGAUUUCCUUAGUGUCCAGGUUUCUGAUCCAUACAUUAUCACUGGUCGUAUUAGGCUGGUAUACAGUGAUGGUCUCUUUAUCUCUCUCGAUAAUGACCUUGAACUUAAUAGUUUCACCAGACCAUAAUAAGUCCUGUUUCCCGCUUGGAUUCCCUACUACUACUUUCCUAAUAACAGUGACCCACCCACAUGUGAAUUGCAAAGUAUGUCAGUCUUUUUUAAUAUUACAUAUGUAAAUAAAAUUUGUUUGUGUAUUCUGAUAAUCCCAUCAAACCCCCAGUCACAAAAGUGACGGAUUAUAGGGGUUCUACUGUAUAUGUGUACAGCAUUUUUUUUCUUAAAAUUUUAUCAUAUAAAGGCUUGGUGAGGGAUGGGGCUUGGUUACUACUUUUAGAAUAUUUAGUUGAGGCUUGUUUUAAAGAAAUCACAUUAUGUACUACUUUGUUUAAUGAUAACAAUUUUUCUUUAUGCGCUGUAAAUUGUUUAUGAAUGAACAGUUUAAUUUAUUUAGUUUAUUUUAUUUUAACAAUAUCUAUAAUAUAAAAUAAUAGUCAGGUAGCAAAGUUCAAAUAAAAUAUGUUUUAUACUGUUUUACUUAUAAACUGAGUUGUUUUAUUCUGUAAGCUAUGUGAACAGAAAAUACCAGGUGACCAAUUUGAAUAGGUACACUUAUUAUCUCUGAAAGUAUUAAUUUUUUCCAGAAUUAGUUUUUUUUAGGACAUUUAAGAAACAAGCUGCUUUACAAUUUUAUAUUUAUGUUAUUUUUUGUCAUUUUUAUUUUUGAAGAUAAAACCACUACCUAUUUUUGAUUUUCAAAUUACAACUUAUAUUAAAAAUACAAAUUAUGUAUGUGGAGUAUUAAUUAAAAUAAAUUUGAAUGUUGAAAUUUUUGAUUUCUGUCAAUCUGUUGAUGAGAUAUUCCACUUUUAAGUUUGGGUUGGAAGAGAGUAGUGUGUUAUUAUGCAUCACUACUUUUCUCCAAUGAAAAAAUGAUAGAAAUCUAAAAUUUCAACACUUUUAAAUUUGUAAAGCUGCUUGUUUUCUUAAUAUUCUAGAAAGCAAAUUCUAAAAAAAUUGAAUACUUUAUUAGAUAAUGAGUGUAUCCACUUAAAUGGAUAACCUAGUAGGUGUUGAUAUGCAAUUUAUUGUCACACAACUGUUAAAAACAGAAUCAGAAAAAUCAGAUUGAAAGUACAUAACAAUUAGUAAUUACAUCUAUGCACUAAAAAAAAAAAAUACUUCAAUUAUGAUUUAUGUGAAGCUCUGUUUUCUCCCAAUAUUCCAUUGAAUAAAUUAAGUAACUUUCAAAAAUUGUCUAUUAAAAUACACUGGAAAUGAAGUUCCAUUUGAGUUCGAUUUGUGUAAAGCAGUGCUUCUCAACCUUUUUAAAACAGCCGCCCCCCCUAAGAAGCAAAAUAUUUUUCAACGUUCCUCCCCUCACUUCAUUAAAAUAAAAAUAAAAAUAGUAUACAUGAAAAGUUUAUAAUUGAAUAAUUAAUAAAUAUAUUUAUAUAUAUAAAUGUGAAUAUAAUGAAAACAAGAUGUAAAAUUUAUGUUUAAAUAUAAUUUAAGAGGAUAAUUAAAAUGUUUUUAAAUGUAUUGAUUAGUGAGAUAGUUGUGCUUGGUGAUUUAAAGCCAAUUUUUUUAUGUUUGGUUCAAAGUUUUUAGAUGAAGGCGAGGUUUCCUCUUUUAACGAUGUUGAGUCAAUUUCUUUUUUUCAUUAUUAGAUUCGUUGCUAUACUAAAUCCUCGCUCAACAAGGUAAGAGGAAGGGAAGGCAAUUAAUAAUUUUUAUACGACAGUCCAAAGCCCAGGAUAAAUUUGACUGAUAGUAGAUUGGUGCCAAAAUUCUGUGAGGUUUUCAUCAUUCUUAAAACUUAAAACAUUCUUAAAAGGUUAUUAUGUUGAUGAAAUCUAAAAUAAUAUUUUAACUUUAUCUUAUUUUGUUUUCAAAUAAAAAAAGCUGCAUAUUUUUAAGCAUAUUUUGACAGUUUCAACUGCAUAUUUUAAUUGUUUUGGUGCAACAAUUCCUGUACCCUAGUUAUUGAUGCACUGUCAAAAUUCACCAAAUAACAUUUUGAAUUUCGACAUUCACUGGUGAUUGUCAACAUUCACAAACUAUGAACAUAUACCUUAACAUAUUUAUUUAAAAAUAGUUUAAGUAACCUGUAUAGUCUGUAUACCUGGGUGUUGGUAAUUGUUAAUAUUUUCUUCUUACAGGAUUAAAUUUGAUGUAGAGUACCACAACUUUAUUGAUUGUAUAGUUGGAGUUACUUUUGAAUAUUUCUGCCAGUUAAUUAUUGCCAAUUCAUUUGAUAAUAUUAAAAGAACUCAAAAUGCUUUAAGUUGUUUUGCGGUGCCAAAUAAUACUAGUAAGUAUCAUAGUUUAUAUUUCAUACUAAUAAUUCACUAAAAAUAAUUUUUGGUUAAAGAUUUUUUUCUCCUGGUAGUUAAAUUCCAUGGUAGUUCUUUGCUUCCAAAACAAUUUUUUUCCACUCUUUUCACAAUGAUGUUUAUUUUUUUUAUAUAUAUAUAUAUAUCCAGUAUACACAAUUUCUACCAGAAAUCUUAUUCCGCUUUUCAAGUGUAGCACCUUUUCUGGAAGGGAAUUUGAUCUAAUUGGUACUUUAGGGAUGUCAUUUUUUGAUUUUCCCAGCAGUUUUCAUAAUUUAGGUUAUGUAAUAGUAAUAGUUUUCACUAUUAUUUUCAAUUUUGUUAAAAAUGUUUGUAAAGACAUGAAAAUUAAAUAGAAAAUUUAUGUUUGCCUUUUUUGAUAUGGUAAAAUUUUAAAAAUGGUUUAAACCAUUUUUAAACUAUUUAUAGACAUUUUAAUUUUGAGAUUCUUACAUAAUUUUUAUUGUGUAGGUACUUGAAAAUUUAAACAGGAGGUUCAUUAUAAUUUAUAUUUAGUGGUCUAGAAAAAGUUGAGUUUAAAAUAUAAUAUUUUUCAUUAGCAAUGAUUAAUCCUUGCAUACAAAAAUACAUUAAAUUCCUCUAUAUCCUAUCUUUCCAACUUUUCACCUACAACAGUGACUCAUCGUUGGAAGUUUGUCUGUCUUUUUGUUAUAUUUUUUUAGGAUGUAACUGAAAUUUAAUGUUUUAACUUCUAAAAUGUAAUUUGUUUAAGAUGCUGCUGAAUCAGGAUCAAAUAACAAUACAACGAAGGCAGUUGAAGUGAAUCUUUCACAACUAUUCAAUAAUACUACUCCAAAAAAUACAAGUCCGUUUUUGUUGAAUGAACAUUCAUCAAAAAUAAAUAACAUACCUUUGUCAGUGGGAUUAAGUGGAAUAAAUUUGGCUAACAAUUUUAUUCAUACUGCCCAACCCUCAAUGAAUACCGAAGAAGAUGAAGAAUUAAAAUCUGAUAGUUCUAUAUUGUCAAUUGCCAUGAAUAUAAAUGAACAAGACUUGGACAUGAAAUUCGCUGAUGAUUUUGAAAAUGAUGAUAUGAAUAAUGAAACACAGUCUAGUAAAUUAGAAGAAGAACAUCAAAUUAAAACCAGUUUAAAGCUUUUAGAAAACUUGGUUAAUAUUGAACACAAUAAAUUGGAAGUUCAAAAAACUUUGGCAGAAAAAAAAUUGUCACAGUCUAAUAUCAGUCCAGAUGAGAAAAAACAGGGUAAAGUAUUAAAUAAACCAAAUGUCAAAAAAAAUGUAAGAUUCUUAGAAACACCAAAUCAAAAUACAAGUGUAAGAUUUUUAGAAACUCCAAAUCAAAAUACAAAUAAAGAAUUGUUACCACAAGAUACAAAACUUGAAAAAAAAAAUGUAAAAAAACAAACCAAAUCCAAAAGAAAGCAUUCUUGCCAAGUUAGAACAUCAAGAAAAAAAUCUAAAAAAUCAGAGGACCUGAUUAAUUUGAAUAAUACGUUGGGGAGUGAUUUAAACACUAAAAUGCAGAUUGAUAAAAUAUAUUCAAAUUCUGAAUCAAAAAAAUCUACUUCCUCUAAUAUUAAAGCAUCAAUAAAUUCAAAAGAACCUUUAUCAAAAAUUGAGUUAAAAGAAAGACGAUCAAGUAAUAUUAGAGAUGUAUCAGUUAAAAAAAAAGUGUCUACAACUUCUACUAGGAUUAAUGAUUCAAAUGGACCAUCAAUAAAAAGAAAUCCAAUUGCUUCUACUAGCAAUUACAAAGAAGAAGAUGAAGAUUUGACAAACAUCAGAUCAUCUAGUUCUUCUAGUUUAGCUAAGAAAACUAAAGACUACAAGAGAAUAUAUGAAAAGGAUCGUAAAAGUCUAUUUAGUCCUGAUAUUAUUUUAAAUUCAAAACGUACAAAAAAAGAAAAGGAAUUAAUAAAAUCAGAUGAUAAUAAACAUGCAUCAGGUAAAAAGCCUAAAACUAAAGGAAAGAAAGUAAAUGAAAAUAAUCGUCUUAUAGUAAGGAUAACAAGUACUAAAGAUAAAAUGAUGGUUCAUAAUGAAGAUACUAAACCACGCAGAGCAUGUACUAUGCAGAAAUAUUCACCGAGUGAAACUGUUAAACAUUAUAAAAUUACAAAACCCAAAAAACGCAAGUCUAACAGUAAAGUUAAGGCCAAUGCUAAUACUAUUAAAAAUAAGAAGUUGAAUACUGCACAUAUUGUAGAGAAUGAAGAGUUGAAUAGCAGCACAAUAAUUAUGGAAAACCAAGAGUCAAGUAAUGUACAAGUAAUGGAAAAUCAAAUGUUGAAUACAGAUAGUUCUGAAAAUGCAAUGCCAGAGUGGAUCAAAGUAUUAAUUGCGUAUCAUAAAAUCAAACCUUGUUAUGUAGUUAUUGAAAGAAAUAAAAGGUAUUAAGUUUUAUUUACCUGCUAAUUUACUAAUAUGUUAUUAUAAUUAAUAACUUUCAUGCAAUUUAUUAUUAUACAUAGUAAUUUAUUAACUAAUAUAAUCUUAUUAACAUUAACUAUAGCUAGCUGCUUAAUUUUAAAUAUUAUUCUUUUCUUACUGUAUUCAUUUUUAUUAAAUUUAUAUUAACUAACCUACUUUUUAAACACUAUUUGUUUCAUAAGAAACAAAAAUAUAAUAACUGCAUAGUAUUGAAUUAAGUAAAUAUUUAGUAUACAUUUAUUUUACAAGAGACUUCAAUAAUUAGUAUUGCUUUUGUAAAUAUUGCUAAUUAUUUAAUUAUUGUUAAUUUAUUAAAACUAACUAGUAUCUUAAUUAAUGUAUGUUAUAAUAUUACUAUAACUAGUUAUAGUAAUAUUAUACUUUGAAUUAAAACUAUAAAAAUAAUUUAUCUUUAGUACAUUUUUAUCAUAAUUAAUUAUAGUUUUAUGUUUUUAAUUAUUUUUGUUAACUAGUGAUGAAAAGGACAUUCGUGUUUUUUUCUAGUCUUUAUUUUAUAGCAAACCAAGAUACAAAUAUAAAUCAUAAGUCGGAAAAUUUAAAUGAAUUGUUUUCUGCAUAUUUUCAACAAUAUUUUAUAUAUUUUUCAUACAUUUUAGAGGAAUAUCAAUAAUGUUACUUACAAAUCUAGACAUUGUUUAAAUAGAGAUACAUUUAAUGAUACUGAUAUUAUGAUGACAUUUACAGACUAUAAAAAAAAAAUAUUCUUUUUUUUUGUUUUCAGUAUAAUAUUAAGAUUUAAAAACUUAAUUUAAGUUUUAUUUUCAUUAGAUAUAUAUAAUCUGUAUAAAAAAUUGUUUGUAGUAUGCAUAUACUACUGAUAGGCACAGAAAAAAAACAAGAAUAUCUUUGAAUAAAAAGCUAUCCAUUUUGAAUACAGAAUAGUUGAUAUUAUUAUUGAUAAUGUAAAUACUAAACUUAGUUACAAAGCAAAUUCCAAAACCAGUUCCUUUUUAGUUAUCUUCUAGAGUUACUGGUUAUGUUUAUGUGUGAAGAGAUCAUUUUAUUAGUAGAUUAUGGUAGGAUUGAAGUCUAUAACAAAGACAUAUAAGGCAUUCUCUGAUAGUUUUCAUAAUAAAGUCUUUAUGUAUUGUAAAAUUAAAUAUAAAAGAAGAAUAUUCAUGAUUUUUUUAAGAGCUAUGUUCUGAAACUCUUGAAUUUUAUUUAUUAGUAUUAAAUUAAAGUUUAAAUAUAAUUUUUUACAUAAAUCUUAAUUUUCCCUGAUUAUUUUAUAUAUUCAUGUUUUUCCAAUAUAAAUUCAUAUAAUUUCUCAUCCUUAUUUAUUAUAAUAAUACAUUCUCUUUUUUUUUUUGCUUUAAUGUAUUUAAUAUUAUAAAAUAUAAUUUUAUUAUGGUUAGUUAGUAUUAGUAUGGUUGUGUUAGAAAUUAUUUUGAUUUCAUACUUAAAACAAGUAUAAUUAUGUUUAUAUUUAAAAAAAAAUUCAAUUUCAGUAAAUAACAUAUAAAUCAUAAGAAUUUUUAAUUUUGUAUUUUAUGUAUUGUAUUCUGCUUAUUUAUUUAUUAUUCAGUAAAUGUUUGCAUUCUUCAUAAAAUUAUAUCUUUAUUGAUUUACUUAAUUGUAAAUGUUUAGUUUAUUAUUGUUAUUUUAUUUCUUUUAAUUAUAUUAAUUUUGUUAUAAAAUAUAUGGAUUAUUAUUUAUUGGAAAAAUAAAAGUUACUAUGCUUUAUGUGCUGUUAUAAAAAAUAACUAUAUCAAUUUAUUGUAUUAUGAACAAUAUUUUCAUUUAAAUUUUUUUUUUUUAGGUUUUAAUUUUUCUUUGUUCUCAGUUUUGAUAUUUUACUAACAGUUUGUUAUUAAACUGAAUAAUUUUAAACUUUUGAUUGAUAUUUUUGUAAUUUAAGCUAUUUUAAAAUUGUUGUAUCAAUUAUAAUAAUAUAAGAUCUAUGUGUAGAUUAAACUAUAGUUGUUUUCUUAAACAAUUAUAUCAUAAUGUGCAUGUUAUAACUUAAAUAAGUUAAUGUUAACAAUAUAGUGGACAAAAUUGAUGUCUUUGUAGAGGUUGCUCUACAAAAUAAUUACCUUUUAAAGUAAACAUCCGUAGUGUGUAAAAUAAUAAUGGGCACAAAAUUAUUAAAAUUAGUAAAAUCACAUAUUAUCUGUCAAAAUAAUUAAACUGUGAAACACAUUAAAAUAAAAUAAUAUCAUACAGUAUUAUAUUAUUUUUGUUAAUAUAAAGGACAAUAAUUACUUAAUUUAAGUCAUUUAUAUAUUAUAAUGUAAUGGACAUUGAUUUUUAUCAAUAUAAAAAAAUAUCUAUUUACAUAUUCAGUAGGCAUGUGAGAUACAAAAUAUCCUUUAGAUUGCUGGAGAAUAAAAAUGUUUAUUUAUUUCAUAUUUUUUUCCACUAUACAUUAUUUUGUUAUUUGACUGCCCAAUGUGAUUAAAAGUGUAAAUUUUUUAAUUUAAAAUUAAUUUUAUUUUUACAAUUACAGUUAUCUCUUGCUAUCUUGUUGGCUUGGGUUAGCAAAUUUGUUUUUAUACAUUUGAUUAUGAUGUACAUAUACUCAAAUGUGAAAUCAAUUUAUAAUUAGUGGUUCCUUGUGUAGAUUUUAUUUUACUGUAGUUAUUAAUAAUAAAUCAUUUUUCAUAAACUUUAGAAGAUUAUUAGAUUUAAGGUUUAACUAUGAUGUCUUUUUUUUUGCCUAUAAAUAACUUAUAUAACAGAAAUCUAGAUCAAUUUUGUUUACUUGAUGUUUUUGAAUUUUUGGUUUCCUCAUACCACCACUAUUAAGUUAUAUGUUUGACAUCUUAAUAUAUUAAAUAUUUAUUAUUGGAAAUAACCUAUUGAGUGUGACAUUACUGAUUAAGUUUUCACAUAUUUCUGUCAGUAGACAGUCAAUGAAUAGCCAAAACAAAAAUUUGUAAUUUUGGUUACCAAUAUAUUUAAUAACUAUCACAAAUCAUAAUUCAAGGCGUUUUUCAAUUUUAAACUUCAAAUUGUUUAGUAGUAUGUAGUAUGUUGAGUUAGGUACCUUGUCUCCAGUUUUACAUAAACUUCUCCAUUUUGAACUUUAAUAUAUUCAAUGAAAUAAAAUUCCAUUGUACAAAUCAUUUUUAAAAUAAUUAGUAUAUAAAUUAUGAAUAAUACCAAAAACGAGAAUUAAAAUUUGUGUUUAAUAAGGUUAAUUUUUAGUAAUUGAACAUUGGUAAAUUUACAAACAAGUUUACUGAAUUUUGUAAUUGGUAUUCAAUUAAUUUUAAUGAAGUAUUUACCAAGAACACUAAAAUGGAGUGUGACUGUAUACUCAGUAAUUGAAAAAAAAUUAAAAAAUACAGAUAUUAAUCUAACAUUUAACUAUCACUACAUAAAAAUAACCAUUUGCAAGAUUAAAACCAUUUCCAUAUGAAAUAAAAGAUUGUGAUAUUUCAUUUUUCUUAAUUAUCAGAAGAAUGUUAACAGAUUUGAUAAUAUAAGACCGGGAAAAACUGUACACUAGUAUAACCAUUAUUUAUCUAAUAGAAUUUAGAAAUGUAUUAAAAUAAAUUUGAAAAAAGUUGAAUAUUUGCUCAAAAAAUUAAUUCAGUUUCCUAAUGAAAUAAUGAUCUGCAAACUUUCCAAACAAUACUUUAUAUAUCUAAUUCAAUAAUAAGUAAAUUCUGAAAGUAGAAAAAUUAUUAAUAAUAAUGAAAUAAAGACAAUGACAUUUUUUCCAAUCCUUGAUUGAAUGGUUAGUUAACUCAUGAGAACAUUUUUAGACAAUAAUUAAAUUUCAAAAGGUGGAAAUUUCUUUAACCCAAAAAAGACACAUUUUUGAUUUAUUAUUUUGCCCAACACUACAAAUUAGAUAUAGAAAGUUUAGAAUCAGAAUUAAAACUAGUUAUAAAGGUUAUCAAACAACAUGAAGUAGAAAAUGAUACUCAGAUAAAAUAAUACUUAAUUUAAUACAGUUACUGAAAACUGGCUUUUUCUGAAAUUUCUAUACUUUGUAUAAUUUCCAUAAUCAUUUCACCAUCAAGUGUAAGAGUUUAAUUUUCUUCAGCUUAAGGCAAAUUAAAAAUUACAUAAGAAACACAAUGACAAAAAAGAGGCUUACAAGAACUUAGAUUUGGAGGUAAUUGUUGAUCAAUUUGCAGCUAUUCAUAAAAACAGAACAAUAUCAUUAAUGUGAACCAUUAUUUGUUGGUAAUUGGAAAUAAUAAUUUGAGUUUCAUUUCUUAUUAUUAAAACUUGAUUAUUAAAAUAAUCAUUAAUAUUUUGUAAGUACUUAGUUUAUUUAUUUUAGAUUAGAUUUACACGAGUUGGUAAAAAGUAUUUAUUAAAUGUGUAUGGUAUAAGUGUGCAACAAUAUGUAUAAUUGUAUGUUUUUAGUAAAACAUGUUCACAUAUUUUCACAACAUUUAAAUAAAUCUAUAAUCUAAAUUAAGUUGUAAUGAAAGAUUAUAUUUGUACAUGUAAGUAUAUCCAUUUAAUUUAUAAUUAUUUUUAGUUAGAAUGUUUAAAAUAUUCUAUAUUGAAAACAUGAGUAUGUUUAAAUGUGCCUAUGAUGCCAAUGGCUAUGUAUUAUUUUGAAUAGACCUAUAAUAUUUUACAAUAAGUUUAAAGUAGCUCUCUACAAUAAGUACUUUAAAGCCGGUGUUAAAAUAUUUCCUUUUACAUAAAAAAAAACACACAGGUUGUAUUUUUAAACAGAUAAUUAUUAAAGAGUUCAUACAUAUUAUCUGUUUAGAAUUUAGACUAUAAAAAGUACUGAGAGUAUUUUAAAAAAUUGUAAAUGUGCUAUAACUAUUUUAUGUAAAAUUAAAUGAAAUUAUUUAUUUGAGUAAUCACUAUACUUUUUUAAAAAGCCUUAGCUUAUGUACAUAAAGUAUAUAUUUCACUCUGCAAAUUAUGAUAAAAAAUUCUAGUGCUUGAUAAUAAUUCAUAUACUUUACAGAGCUAUAUCUCAUAAACCAACGAUUAGAAUUUAAAUUUGUAAACGAGAAAAUUAAUUUUUGGAAGUAAUAAUGAAGUAUAAAUUAAUAUCCACUGUUGAAUAUAUAUAUUGCCAUUUACUAAUCAAAAGUUGGUUCACCCUAGGAAAUAAGGGUGAUAAAAUGAAGGACAAUGUAAUAUUUGAUAAUAUAUGAUUCCAAAAAAAUUGUACAUAAGUCAUUUAAAAAAAAAAAAAAACAUUUCAUGAAAAAUUUGAUUGGUUUAUGAUAAAUAAAUCACCUUGCAUAGUAUAGAAUAUGAGUUUUUAAUCAAAAGAAAAUGUAAUUAAGAACACUAACACCAAUGAAAAAUAGAAAUGAAGCUUUUAUACAAAAAAUAUGAUUUUCAUAUACAUGCACACAUAAAAGUUUAUUUUUAAAUUCAUAGGUUAUAUGAAAAUAGGUAUAUUAUUCAUCAUAUUAUUAUAUAUAUCUUUAAUUAUUUGGAUCAUAAAGGACGAUAAGAUAAAGUAUUUACAUUAUAGUAUUAAUGAAAAGUAUAGUACAACAUAAAAAUUCACUGAUUCAUAAAUUUAGAGAGCUUUAGUAGAACUUGUCAAUGGUCUGUCUUUUCAUCCCCAUCAUUUUGAAAAAUGUCUAGUACUGCUUCAUUAUUGAAAUUUUGUUUGCUGUUAACCACUCUAGACCAUCGAUUAAUACUUUUGGGAUGAGGCAAACAAUUUUGGAACGUGCUGCGUACAAACGAAUAUGCUUCUGCAGAAUGAGAUUGUAGCGUUUCAGCAAACUUAAAUAGUUCUGGAGAAAAUUUACCUUUUUUGGUUUUUGAAACAAGUUCUCCAAGUACUGAAGAAUCACAGGACUAAACAUAAAAAUAAGAGAAUUAUUAUUUAUAUUUUAAUAUAUAAUAUUUAAUUAAUAGCAUUUUUACAUUUAAAAUAUGAGCAGCAUGUUCAGAUAGUUUACAUCUGUUCUCCAAAUCCUCUGCUAUGUGUUUUAAUUUAUUUAUUUUAUGUAACAAUCUACGAUUGCUUUGAGUUAAAAUCUUAAUUUUCUUAUUUUGUGCUUUAUGACUUUGCUUAACUAAAUUUAAACUUCUUUCAGCUCUGCUGGGUGUCGAAAAAUGUUCUUUUGUCAAACUAAUUACAUGAGAUGGUUUCCAAACUAAUCUAAAUAAAAAUUGUAUAAAAAUUUGUAUUAAAUAUAUAUCUACAAUGUAUUUUAAAUAGUUUUCAAUAAUUCAUAAAAUGUUCAGUUUAUUUCAGGAGGAGUGUCUUCCAAAUUUAUUUACAUUUUAAUUACCAACUUAAUAAUAAGACCUUUCUAUUGAUUUACUACCUCAAUACUAGAGGUGUGCAAUUAAUCAAAAAAAAAAAUAAUAAAUUGAUUUUUCUUAAAAUAUUUUAUAUUAAUCGAUUAAUUUAUAAUCAAUCAAUCUUUAAUUGCUAUCAAAAACAAAAUUCUAUAAAGUAUAGAAUGAACCAAUUGACCAAUUUUAGGAAUACAAUUUUUCAGUCAUUCUUGCUUUUAGUUUUUUUUGGGAAUUUCAAGUUUUAUUGACUAGAUAUAAUUUAAGCUACCAGUGGUGUUAAUUGGCCUCAAUUUUUGGUGGUUGCAGAGAACUAUUCUAAUUAGUAAUUUUUAACUUGCCAAUAUUUUAACUUACUUUGUAAAUUAGCCUCAGUCAUAUUAUCUGCAAUCAUUGCAAAUAAUUUAAUAUUAAUAUUAUUGGACAGUUUUAUAAUCUUUGUAUUAAUAUAAUAUAUUACAUUGAAAAUAUGAAAUUCGACAAAAGUGAAAAUCUAUAUAUUUUAUCUUAAAAUUGAGUUUGGUUAUACUAGUCAAGCCUUGAUUAGUUAUAAAUUUAUAAUACCUAAUAUUUUAUACAAAUGUAAAAUGUUUGUUUUAAAAAAAAUCUUUAAUUGCCCUUCUUUUGUUUUUUGAUCACUUAUUUUGAGAGAGAAAAUACUAAUUGGCAUAUUUAAGGUUAGGUUAGGUGUAUUAUCAUAGAUUUAACAAUUUAUCAUGUAUAUUUUUACCCCUAAAUGGUUUAAUUAUGAUAAUGAAAAUACAAAUAAUAAAAAAGAACACACAAUAAUCAAUUUGUUUUAACAGUUAAUGGACUGAUCAAUUGAUUUUAAUGGUUAAUUGAUUAAUUGAUUAUAAUUGUCAAAAAAGUGAUUUCUAUAGAAACUUUAUAUUAGUUCUUGAUAAUAUGUUAACAAAAUAUAUUAAUUAUGUAAAUAACGAAAAAUACCUAAAAAGGUUACAGAUUACAUUCGGUUGACAAACCAGUAUUUAAAACAAUGUUACAAUGAAGGUUGAAAAUAUUUAUUAGUUCAGUCUUAAUGAAAAAAAAAAAUAAUACAAAAAUAUAUCACUUCUUAUGUAACAACAAAUCUCAAAAUAUUUGAAAAAAAUUAUUAUAAAUAGUUUGAAAAAUUUACGACAAAUUCAAAAUGAAAAAAUUACUUUUAGUUACUUGUAAAAAAAAAAAAAGUGACAUUUAGUUGAAAAAGUAACAGAGUGCCAACCCUGCAUAUUGAACUACAGCAUGAAAACAUAUUAUGAUUCUUUAGGUUCUCUACUAGAAUAUCUUGGCAUUAUUUUUUCAAUUUUAAUUCCCUUAUAAGUAAAAGGAAAAAUAUUUUUAGUACAUUAUUCAAAAAUGAAUUCAAAUUUUCAGUAAUAUAAUAUUUUAGUAAAUAUACCUUACUAAAGAGCCUACAAAAUAAUAAUCUGUUUUAAAAAUUGAAAUCUGCCAAAUACAAUUCAAAUAGUUGUUUUUUUUUAAUUCAUUUUUUAAAAUUCAUUAAAAUAUACAGUCCAAAUAAAUAGUAAUCAAAUGUAGUAGUACUUUUUGAACAUAUUUGUAAAUUGUUAACAAUUUCAAAUUGGAACUCUACCUAAAAUAAUUUGCAUGAUUAUUUGAGAUCCAUAGGUAAUCAUAGUAUAAUAAAUUAUAUUGAACACUAUUUCUCUUAUAACAAUUAUAAUACAUAAUGUCUUACUUAGCAUAUUCAGGUGGUCUUAUUGUUGUACCAGUUGUUGUAGAAUUGCUCAUACCAAAUAGAGCCUCAGGAACAAUAGUAAUCACAUUUUCUCUAAUAAUAGUAAAAUAUUACAAUUUAGUUAAUUUGGAAAAUUACAAUGCAUAGGAAAACUAAAAUAAUACAUAUCAACAAACUGUGGAGUUCUUAGUUCUGUAUCACUUGUAACCAAGUCAUUAUUAAUUAUACUGUUUGUAGGAUUACUAUCUAUAGUUAUAAAUGAGGAUAGGCACUGUUCACUUUCGAAAAUAGUAUGAAGUGGAAUUGAUUCUGAACAUUCACUGUCCGUUCUAAAACAAAAAUAAUAACGAUAUAAUAAUAUGCUAACUUUAAAUUUCAUUUUUUAACUUACAUAAUAAGUUUUGGAAGUGCAUUUACACGUAGUCUUGAAUUUGCAUAAUCGUCCUUGGUAAAGUGUGAUGAGCAUAUAUAAGAAUAGUCAGGAAUCAUUUUUUCAAUUUUACAACAGUCUAACCACAGUUGCCUUUUACUAGGAUCACUCGGGAACCUAAUUUAAAGGAGUUAGAAAUGGUGAUUUCUUGUUUUUGUCUUAUAGGUACACAAGCAAUAUAGAAAUUUAGACAUGUUCUAUUUCUAACAGGGUUGGGUAAUUACGUGUAUAAAAGGUUUUAUAUGUCUUGCGUAUAAAACUAUUAAAAUUAAAAUUAGUAAAUUUGCUUAUGCAAUUUUUAUUUUUAUUGGUCAGUACAAUGAUAGGUUAAUAAUUAAUUAAGGCAAAAUGUAUUGUAUAAUUGUUACUCCUUACUCUAAAACUUAUAGCAAUCCUCUCGUAUCUAUUCUUAUCAUACCUACAAUCUCUAAUGUUUCAAAACACCUUAGCAAAAAAUUAUGUCACAAGCUUUUUAAAGUUUAAAAGUUUAAAAAAAAAAAAAAAACCAAAUAGUAAUUUUACACUUUUACCAUUGUAUGGCUUCUUCCAUCAUGCUAUUUAUGUAAUUAUGUCCAUUAUUACAUAACAUAUUCUUAUUGUUUCCUAGGGAAUAUAUUGAAUAUAUUAUCUACUUUAAAUAAAAAUAAUAGUAAUUUAAAAUUGUUUUCUAUACAGACAUACAGUAUACCAAGCAUUAUGAUCUGUAUUUAUCAAAAGCGUUACUACUAACCUACAGACACCAGUUUAUGCUAGAUGAAUAUCACCAUUAAGUAGUAAUGAACUUUAUUUUCAGUGUACAAUUUAAAAUGUUUUAAGUUUAAAUUAAAAAAUUGUAUAUAGAUAAUACAUAUGAUGCAGUAUAAUACUUACAUAUUAUACAUAUUAUACCUACCUAACCUUGAUUUCCACUAUACCAAUUGGUCUAGGGAAACAAUAUGAAUUUGUCAUCAAGUUUAUUUGAUAUCGACUUUCCCCCAUUUUUUUUACUUUAUCCCCUAAAUAACGAAAAACCAUGAUAAAAAAAGGAGUAAUUAAAAAAUUGAAUAUUUUAAUUUUUGUUGAAAUUAAAAUAAAAAAUUGGAAAUGUGGAAAAGUCAAUCUCAACUCUCAAAUAGAUUAGAAUACAAGUUCAAGUCAGCUUUCAGAAUUCUUAUCACUUUUUUAGAUCAAUAAGUACAUUGAAAAUAUAAUACAUCUAAAUACCUAUGUUGUAUGUAAGUAAGACAAAGACAGAAAAUCACUGUGUUCAAUCCUUUUAACCAAAUCACAUACAUAUUUAAGAACUCUAUAAUGCAUUAAUUAUCUUAGUCUAAUGGGCAAUACAGUAAAAUUACAUUACCUACUCAGAACAUAAAUUGGUGCGUUUAGGGUGAAAUUAGUUUAAACACCAAUAACAACAUUUAAAAGAUUAUAGUCAUAUUAGUUUUUGAAUAUUUUAAAUAGGCAAUUGUAACUUUUUGUAACUUCAGUUUUGUGAGUAAAAAAAAUUGAAAAAUCUAAUAUGUAUUUUAUUUAGCUUUAGAUACACCACUUACUUAUGGAAUGUUGCUGUUUGGUCAUUACAUUUACAUACAACACAAGACUUCAUGACUAUAUAUUGUUAAAUAAUGUAAAUAGUUAACUGAUAUAUUUCAAGAUAAAUAAUAAUAUGUUGAAUCCUUAUAGGUAGUCUAAUAAAAAAAAAAUCAUGACAAAUUAAAUGCAACCAAAUGUUAUCAUAAAUACAUUAUAAUUGUAAUUGUAAAUGUAUUAUAAUAUACAUCAUUAAAAAUAAUAAAAAGCAACUAUAGCUCUCAUGCAAGGUUUACAAAUUUAACGGGUUGCCUGACUAUCGAAUUUGUGAAAAAUGAUCAGUGGGGGGGAAAUAGCGACAUGACGUCACUGCCGAAUAUGUCGUCAUAUAUCGUAUAAUAUGCGCUGCCGCUUGCCGUACACAAAAUUAUUACGGUUGACUUAUUCACUGUUUGGCAUAUUAAAUUAAGAGUAUGAGACGAAGUUCAAGUUGUCCUGUAGCAACGUGCAAUUUUUAUACCGAAAAAGGAAUAAAAACGAGAAGGACUGAUUUAUCAUUUCAUAGGUAUUAUUUAUAAUGAUUAGGACCUACCAUUAGGUAGGUACCUACUAGAGAUUAGAGAUUAGAUUUUCCUUUUAUUUUAUAUCGAUACCCCCUACGAAGAAGGACGUAACUCAAUUUUUACUACUUUGCAGUGUAGCUAUUUUUAAUUUUUCAAAGUUAAAUUCAUAUUCAAAUUAUGUUUUGCACAUUUUAUUUCUGUUGAUUUACUAUUUUUGAGUAUCUUUAAAUUGUUUGUUUUUUUCUAUUUAUUUUUCUUUUAUUGAUCUAAGUCCUUGAGUUACGUUUUACUAUUUUAAAAUGCAUAUUGUCGUAUCUCAAGUUAAGUCUUUUUUCGUGGGAAAUAUACAGCAUUGGUAAAAAUGUAUUAAUUAUUAUUACUAUAUUGUUUUUUUUUUUUUUGUGAAGAAAGUAUAGUUGAUGAAAAUUUAACUCAAAAUAUUGUCAUUAUUUGAGGGAAAAAAUGUUAAUGUAUUGCAAACAUAACUGAAGAUAAACUCUUUAGGAAAAAUUAUAUUUUGAUUACCUAUUAAAAAAUCAUUAUUUAUUAAAAAAAAAAUUUUUUUUUCUAAUAACGUUCAAGUUAUUUAGAAAUAAAAAAAGUUUUAAACCUAUUGUCAUAGUAAUAUUACUAAUAGUUCAUAAACUGUUAAUAACAGAAUACAAUAUAAUAUUGCAACUCUAAACUUAAUGCCACAAUAUUAUGUAGAUACUUAUAUCUUUAAACAAAAUAAUAAUAUUACAAAAAGUAUUAUUCUUUUCACAACAAAUUUAGGUACCUCAAAAAAAAAUUAUGUUACAAUGAUAUUAAUAUCAGUCCUUUAUUAUUAACACAACGAAAUAAAACAUGCAAAUAAAAAUAAUAUACAACUCUAAACUUAACAGAACACAGUGUAUGCAUUGUCAAAUAAAAUAAUAUUUAAAUUAUUUCAUUUCUAGGUUUCUGUUCAAUUCAUUCAUAUAAGGGUGGAAUUUCCCGGAUACACAAACCAGAAAACGGAGCUAUAAAAUUGCUUCACAGCCUGAAAAUCAACUUAGGAACUAAAAUGUUACCAUUGUUUUGUAUAGUUACUAAAUUUUUGUUAUUGUAGUUUAAUAUUCAUUGUAUUCUCUGUAAGCCAUACACAUUUAUACAGUAGAAUAAUAAAAUAAUAAAGUAAAACAAAAUUAUUAAAUUAUUAAAUUAUUUACGAGUAUUAACCAUUUUAAUAAUUUUGUUUUAAUUUAAUUAUUUUAUAAUUUAUAUAUUUAGUAGAAUAGAUCAAUAAAUUAUAAAAAUGCAAUUUUUCAUGUAUUCAUAUAUUAUUUUUUUUUGCAGUGUCAAACCAUUCAUUGAACAACAGUUAACAUAAUCAACUGUUUUAACAUAAAUGCCUUAAGAAAAUAAUGAAUUUGAGGAUGAAAUAUUGUACACUGAUUUAUAUUAAGAACAUACAAAUUUAAAAAAAUGAGACUGAUAAAUUAAAAAUUGAAUGAUCAGCUCUUAUUGUUAUAUAAAUCUAAUUUUGAUUACAAAAAAAGCAAAAUUACAAUUACAAAAAUUUCAAAAGCUAAGAAAACUUAUGACUUGAAUAUAAUUAUAUAAUAUAAUUUUUUAAUUUGUACCAAUAAUUUUCAUGACUAGCCUUUAGGUUUAUUACAAACAAAUAAUUUUAAGUUGUAUUAGUAAUUGUAUAG